GUCUCGCAGCCUCCGCGUCGACCUCAGUCGACAGACGGCUGUCUCUGUCUUUGCUCGGUCCCUCAACGGAUUCAGCGUGAUUGAUCAUAAUGAGUUUGGGGAGCUCGGACAUGGCCCGAGCUGCUCUGGGAGCGGCCCUCGCACUCCUCCUGCGUGCCGCUAUUAUACAAGGGCUCCGGGAUGAUGUUGGGAAGACCCGGUAUGAAACAACAGAAGCAGUCGUGGGCCAGAACGUGACCUUGCAGUGUGACAUAAAGACUCGCCCUGGGCUCAAUAUUGUCAGUUUUGAAUGGAGGAAGAAAAAGAACGAAACCCACGAAGAAAAGCUGGCUCUGUUUAACCUGAUUUAUGGAGUCAAUAAGUUCCGGCCUAACCUCAGCCUAGAGUUUCAGAACAACAGCGCCAACAUGUUGAUGUGCUCCUAUCUGCACCUCAGUGAGGUGAAGAAGUGGGACGGCGGCGUCUAUAUUUGUGAUAUUGCAACUUUCCCUGCUGGUUCCACGAGGAGGGAGAUAGAGCUGAAGAUCAAAGAUGUUGUCGAAAUAAGGUGCGACGCGAACACAAGUGUCAGUGUCCAUUACGGAGAAAAUGUGACAAUUCACUGCGGGGCAGCCGGUAAUUCUCGGUACAGAUGGACCAACAAGAACAAGGAGCUGGUGUCGGAGAACGGAUCUCUGGAGCUGUUGUCAGUAAGCGAUGCUGAAGCAGGGAUUUAUACACUGACUGUCUCCAGAGGAAACGAAAGUAUGCAUAAACAGUUUACCAUCACAGUGCAGCCAGCGACCACAAGUGUACGGACAGAUUCCACAACAGGGUCCCCACACGGCCAUGUGACUGAAGCGGUUUGGCCGGAAACUACAGUCAACAGCCUCACCACAUCUGGACUGACAACCAAUGUGACCCAGACCCGUGUGAACGAUGUGAAUCCAAACAACGACAGCGUUACAGCGGUCACAGCCGGAGAGCUCGAGACCAAUUUUAGUGACACGUCCUCCGCGGCCACACACACCGACCCUAAUCUCUUCCUCAGCUCUACUGCAUUAAGUCCUGGUGCAGGUGCGGGGCUCACAUCCAGGAAUCGGGAAAUGGAAAGUGAUGAAAUGAGGAACGAGUCUGAGUCACACACACGGCGUCCGGAGGAAAGUCUCUCAGCGAGGCCACAGGAAACCAGCACCUCGGAGAACAUCACCGAAGGCUACAGAGACUCUGGUGUGACACCAACAUCAAACACUAGUCAUAAAAAUGGCGCCUCACAGAGACAUCUGCUGGUGCUUAUCAUCGUCCCCGUACUGCUGCUGAUCGUCGUGGCUGGCGUCCUCUACAGGAGACACUUAAUGCAACAGAGGAUGGAUCUACCCCCUCCGUUCAAACCCCCUCCUCCUCCGGUCAAAUACACAGCUGCAAGACACCGGGAGAUUUCUGCACAGCUUUUCCCCAUUUCUCGGUGCAACUCGGAGAUUGCACCUCCGGAUAUGAAACACAUGUUUAUCCAUGUAUAGUUAUGCCGGAUUAACAGUGUGCUUGUCGUGGGUUAGAAUUAGAAUCAUAAGCUAUGUUAUUUUCAGGGGUGCUUUGUUUUAUACGACGAGUAUUGGGGCCAAACUGAAGAGAA